AUGGCCUCCUCACCCCACCCCAACUCCGCAAGCCAAAGCAAGACCACCACCACCGCACCGCAAAUCCGCAACCCACGCCGUCUCCUCAUCCUCUCCCCAAGCUCCCACUCGACCUCAACGAUCCCAUCGCUCCUGCACUCCCUAACAGAAACCCCAGUCGCUGACCCCCCGGCCUCCUUCGCAGGGUACACCACCCACCCGCCCCUCCGCCUCACAAACAGGUACUACACCGCCGACAUCCCGAUAUGGGUCGACGAAAUCCCUCUCCCUGCGGCGGCAGAUGAACACGCGCACACGGAGACAGAAACGCAAACGCAAACACAUACAGAGGGAGAAGGGAAAGGCGCGCCCCCGCCCUCGCCCUCUCCCGCGCAAUGGGCGGUCGAGUUCUCGGGCGCAGGUGCACGGGUUGUCCGCGACGCGAUCGGGGCGCUGGUGAUUUGUAUUAAGAAUCUGGAGGAUACGAGUGCGAGUUUGCCUGCGGGUACGGGCACGGAUGCAGGUGCAGGUACAGGUACACCCGAGUCCCGAGACGAUGUGAAAAGCCUCAAAGAGUUUCUUUAUGCUGUUGGACGGGUCAAGGGGGUGAUUGAGGAGGAGCGCGGGGAGGUCGGGGAUGUCCCUGUGCUGCUGGUAUUAGUAGGAGAGGGCCAUAAAGAUGCGCGGCUGCGCGGCGAGGACGGCGAUUUGGAGGAGUUGGAUGCGAGCGAUGAGCCGUUUUCUGUUGGGUGGUGGGAGGAUCAGCUGUUUGAGAUGGGGAUGGUGGGGGUGGAGGUGCUCGCGUGGGAUCCGAAGGGGGAGGAGGGGGAUCAGCGGAAUGUCUACGGGGAAUACCAGGGUAUGCGCCGCAUUAGGGAGAUCCUCGAGACGCAUGACUGGGCCGCGCCGUCUGAGGAUGCGGAUCCCGGUGGAUUCAGCGAGGAUGGUCUUGAGGAGCAUCUUCUCGGAUUGGAUCGUGGGGAGAACGGGUUCGAUCUUGAAGUCAACGAGCUGGAACGCGAGAUGCUGGGUUUGCGGAUGGCGAUUGAGCAUGGGGGUGAUGAUGUGGAUGGUCAGGAUGAGGAUGAGGAAGACGACGAUGCACUCAAGGUCGAGUCUUUGGAGGCUUUGAUGAUGCGGAUGCAAGCUAUCAGAGACAUGAGUUCCGAGUUACCGGAGUGUGAGCGCAAGAAAUUUGCUGCCAAAGCUGUACGAGAUAUCAUGAAAGAACUAUAG